AUGCUUGCCUGUUUGCGGCCCGAUCUGUUCGACGUGGCCAAGGUGCUGAUCGAGUUGGGAGCCAAUGUGAAUGCCUACCGGUCUGGGUCACAUUGUGGGACAGCAUUGCACCAUGCUGCCAAGAAAGGGCUUCAGCAGACUGUCCAUUUACUACUCUCACAUCGAGCUAAUCCGUUCAUACCAAAUGAUGAUUGCAAUACUGCCCUUGAAUUGGCAAGAGAAAAGGGUCAUGUGAAUGUUGUACGUGCCAUAGAGGGACGGCUUUCUCUUUUUUGUGGAUGGAUGAGGGAGAAUUAUGCUCCUGCUUUUUUGGAUGCAAUUGCUCCACAGUUCAUGACAAGAAAAAUUUGGGCUGUUAUUUUACCCCGUGAAGUGCGAACUCCAACAAGGCCUCUUAAGUUAGAGUUAGCUAUAUAUCCUGAAUUACAGGCUUCUAAACCACGUGCUGUACUUAAACUAUGGAAAUGUCAAAUUGAGCAACCAAAGCUUAAUCAGGCUGACCCUUCCAUUAUCAUUUUUGACAAAGGAACAAAGACUCGAUACAAGAUCUUACCGGCCUAUGAAGGUGACAAACAGCAGCUUCAAUGGUUUUAUAAUGCAUGUUGUGGCAUGGCACAGGUUUUCAACACGGCUCCAGUACCACCAGCAAAUCUCCCAAUGCCAGAUCCAGCGCCAGCAAUUUCAUCUGUGGCGCCUUCAGAACUAUCUGCACCCAGCAAGGAGGAUGUUGAAUUAGCAAUGGCUAUCAAUGCCUCCAUUCAAUCAGCUAUUGCAGAGGGAGUGCCCAAUGUUCAACCAAAUGCAUCCACUCCCAACAACAAUGUCUGGGGUAUCCCUCCAAGAAAUUCUCACAACGGAUGGGGACCACCAGUCACUCCUGCACCGUCAAAGACGAGCGGCCAAUCCCAAGCCCGGGUAGAUGCCCCAAGCAGCAGCACGUACAAUGGAUGGGAUGUGCCUGGAACAAGCUCGAAACCCCACAAAACCGAAACCAACCCUCCAGUCUUGAUUCCACAGGAAGCACUUCAGGCUCUUCCAACCCCAACUGCGCCACCAUUCGCUGAAGAAACCUUCUACAAUGGUCCUGUUCACUAUCCAUCCAUAGACUCCACGCCUGUUGAUGUAACCAUGCCGGCUACCACCGGAGGCGGUACAGCAGCAAGUAUAACGGCAGCACCUCCGAAACAGAAGGGAAAUGAAGCUGAUGCAAGCGACAGCGGCAAAACUUCCUCCAGUACUUGUGUUAUAUGUUUGGAUGCCCCUGUGGAAGGCGCCUGCAUCCCAUGCGGUCACAUGGCUGGUUGCAUGUCCUGCUUGAAGGAUAUAGAGUCGAAGAAGUGGGGAUGCCCUAUCUGCCGUGCCACGAUUAACCAAGUUGUUCGGCUCUAUGCUGUUUGA